GAACACAACUAAUGAGAUCUGUUCAUAACCUCCACUGAAUAUCUUCAUUAAAUCUGCUCUUAUUGAAAUCAACAGCAGGAUGAAGAGGACUUUCACAAUCAUUAUUUUAUUUCUCGUGUGUGGUGUGUUUGGUGAUGAAGUGAAGUCAGUGUCAGUGAUGGAGGGAGAAUCUGUUACUCUGCACAGCGAUACUAAAAUACAGAGAGAUGAUGUUAUGUGGUUAUAUGGAGGUUCUGUUAUUGGCAGCUUGAAUAGAGAAACAAUCUCACUGAAUGAUGUUGAUGGGAUAUUUGAAGACAGACUUCAGCUGAACAAUCAGACUGGAUCUCUUACUAUCAACGAUAUCAGAACCAAACACGCUGGACUUUAUCAAGUAACCAUCAACGGCAGUAAGAAUUUAACCAAAACAUUCAGUCUUACUGUGCAAGAUGUGUUUAUUGCUGGAGUAGAAAACAAAAUAGAAGGAGAUUUGGUCACAUUGAACACCGGAGUGACUGAAAUAAAGAAACACAAUCGAAUGCUGUGGUGGUUUGGACCUUCAAAUCCAGAAUUUCUUCUAGCUGAAAUCAUCAUAAAUUAUGGCAUCUCAUAUGAUUUUGAUGAUAGAUACAGAGACAGACUUUAUGUUGAUGAUCAGACUGGAUCUCUCACCAUCAGAGAUCUCAAAACUACAGACACAGGAGUUUAUCAACUACAGAUCUCCAACAGCAAAGAGACCAUAUACAAGAGAUACAAUGUGUUUGUGGCCGCUGCAGAACCAGGACUGUCUGCAUUAUAUAUAGGACUGAUAUGUGCUGCUGUCCUGUUGCCUAUACUGGGAGCUAUAAUACUGGCUGUGGCUAUUGGAUAUAGGAGGAAAUACUCUCAACUCAAAGAUAAAAUGAAGCCUAUGUCAGUGAUGGAGGGAAAUUCUGCCACAUUGAAAUCUGGGAUCACUGGAAUACAAAAUUAUCAAUAUAUAAUCUGGAGGUUUGGAGCCAAAGGCCCCAUGAUCGCUCAGAUUCAUAAAAAGACCAAUGUUGUCUCAUAUAGUAAUGAUAAGAGAUUUAGAAACAAACUUCAUCUGGAUAAUGAGACCGGAGAUCUCACCAUCAAUGAUGUCAGAAUCAGGAUCUCUGGAGAUUAUCACAUGGAGAUCACCAGAAGAAACAAAAUCACUAAAUCAAAGAGAUUCAGAGUUGUUCUCCGAGUGGAAACAUUAAAUGUCACAGAAGGAACUGUCGAACUACAGAGCGGCAUUUCUGAACUACAGGAUGAUGAUCAGAUACAGUGGAGAUCUGAAGCUAAAGAUGCCAUCAUAGCUGAAAUGAAUGGAAAGACUGAUGAAAACUGUGAGAUAUUCAAAAACAGACUGAAGCUGAACCAUCAGACCGGAUCUCUCACCAUCACAAACAUUAAACACUCAGACUCUGGAGUUUAUGAACUACAGAUUAAGAACAAAAAUACAACUUCAUACAAGAAAUUCAAUGUUCUCGUUGGGUUUAAUACAUUAAAACGUACAGUGGGUGAUUCUGUCACUUUACACACUCAAGUCUCAGAGCUGAAGAAAGUCAAUCAGAUACUGUGGAUGUUUGGAGAUAAAAACACUCGUAUAGCUGAAAUCAACCGAGUCAGUGGUCAUCCAUAUGUAUAUGAUGGUAAUGAUGAGAGAUUCAGAGAUAGGCUGACGCUGAAUGAACUGAAUGGCGAUCUGACCAUCACAAACAUCAUGAGAGGACAUUCAGAUGUGUAUAAACUGCAGAUCAACAGCAGAUCAGAGAGCAUGUGCAGGAGUUUCAUGCUUAUUGUAAACGAGAAAUUGACAGAAUUGUCAGUGAUGGAGGGAGAAUCUGUCACACUACCAACUGAUCUUACUGACUUACAAAUUGAUGAUCAGAUACUGUGGAUGUUUGGACUUAUAGACAGUCUCAUAGCUAGAGUUCAUAAGAAGAAGAAGACGAAUUUGUGGCUUUAUGAUGUUGUUUAUGAGAAGAAGUCACUUUAUGAUGGUGCUGAUGAAAGAUUCAAAGACAAACUAGAUCUGGAUCAGACUGGAUCUCUCACAAUCAGAGACAUUAACACUGAACACACAGGACUUUAUAAACUACAGAUCAUCAGCAACGGAGAGACCAAAUACAAGAGAUACAGAGUUACUCUCCAUGCUUAUAGAGAAAGCGUCCUUACAGGAGAUUUUAAAAUGAUUGGGGCAGAGGAAAUUGCUUUACUUUCCAUACAAACCUCACAACAGCAGCAGUAAUAAGAGUAUUUUGUUUGUUUAUUCAACAAUUUAAAAUGCACACUUGUUAUACAACA